AUGCACCACAACCCUUCGUCCUCCUAUAUGAAUAUCCUGCCACAUCAUUCGCUGCCGUCGCCCGACUAUACUGGAGAUUCAGACAGUGAAUCAGAGAUAGCCAAAGAGCUGGAGCAAAAACGCAGAGAACUGGACGAGGAAAUAGUUCGUUUUCGGGCACUGAAAGACAAAGAGUUCAAGGACUUUGAGGCAGACCUUAAAUCUAGAAGAAGACAAAAAACCGUCCAUCAGCAGCACCUGCAGAGAGACAAUUGCGUUAAUCACUAUGAACUUAUCGAACACUCUCCCUCGAGUACUCCUCCAACGAAAUGCAUACUCAGUGCUUACGAGAACAAGACCAGGACUUCAAUUAAGCAGCUGCAGCCAAUUCGACUUAUGAAGUCCAGUACUGGACCCAAAGUUACACCACCCACCAUCUGCUUAGACAAAAUGAAUAUUUCGUGCGAGCAUAACCUUCAGUCACAUGCCAGCUAUCCAACGCCGCCCAUAUCAGUUCCCAUAGUCACAUCUGGUCCAGGUCGUGUCUCUCCACCAAGCACAUGCUUGGCAACAGCACUGCCUGAACAGCCUCGGGACAAGCCUCCACAUUCACCCGAUAACAAGAGGCUCUCUGCAUCAGAAGCUCUGUUUGCCCCGGGUUACCUACCUUUGCUCGAUGCACGUUACGACAGUACCGAUGGCCAGGUUGAAGGCAUCCAGACAGAACCUGCCACACCCACCGAUCCAAGUAUGAUUGUCUCAAUCGUCGCUCAUGCUUCAUCACUUCCGAUCGAGUCGUCUCUCAACGAAUCUUUCCAGAUACCCCAAGCUAAACGUGCAUAUACCUCGCCAUCAUCAAUCAAUCGUUCUAAACUGCCACCAAUCAUCCGAACUGCCAAUGGAAGAAAGCGGACCGGUGGAAAGAGGAAGCACGUUACCUUCCAGCUCGCAGAUCGAGUUAUCGUAGAGCCAAGCUCGAGCUAUGAGGAGGGACCUUCGCCAGAGGCCAACAACGAUAGAAUCGACACCCGUGACGACAACGAUUCGACUAGGUCUAGUCCCUCCACUAACAGUGACGGCGAGCAUACAAGACCCAGAUUUCAACGUAAAAGUACUCCUCUCGAUCCUUUUGGUCGCCGCAAGAGGCCGGUCGAGACACCCGAGGAGGAGGUUGGAAUGUUGAUGGGUGACCUCAUGUAUGGGUCUGAUGCAGGAGACGAAUCUCUCAAUGUAGAUCCACCGAUUAUGUUGCAGGAACACGACUAUUUCUCUCCUACUCACGCUACGUACAGAUCAAGUUCGAUGAUCUUUGCGAGGUCUGCCACGUCCGAAGUUGUGGACACUGAUGAUCAGGUCAACAAGGGAAUCUCUAGCUUGCAGAAUCACCGCAACAGUCCGACUAUAUCGCAGCGAAUAGCUUUCGACAACGAUCCACAUAUUGGCAGAGAAACUUCCCCAAAGUCAAUCCAAUCUCCGAGAUUCCCUCCACCACACUCACCGAACACAAAGCCAACGCAAACGCGACGUGCUGGAGCAUUUGAGGACGAGGAUUUCCUAGGCCAUGGAAACGUAGGAUUUUUCGAGCUCGACGAGGAACUCCAUACUGCUUCCGGAGCUGGUAGCACAGGACAUGGCACAACACAAUACAAGGACGAGGAAAUGGACAUCGAGGAGAACACGACGAACAAGAAACGUCGGACGCCUGAUGCGACUUCUAUGGGUUCAAGCCUACCCAUCAACAUCGUGAGGCCCGGAAACUCGAAUAUCAGCAACAGCUGGGCCGGCAGGCUUGGACAGUGA